UGUUUGGGGGCGUGGUUUGAGAGUUCUGACCCUCUGACCUUCGAUGCUUGGUCUUCGGUUUGGGAGGCGUUGGUAGGGACGCGGAUGGCGCUUCCCGCUAUUGACCGGUGCCUCCAAGUGAGUGGCAGGCGCCCGGUUGACUGCGACCCCUGCCGGUGCACUGAGCUCAAUCAAGAAAAUCAGCUGCUGCAUAAAAAGCUGAGGCAUGCUCGCUUAAAGAACAAGGAGCUGGAGUUUAACGUGGCAAAGGUUCAUGAAGAGCUUAAGGAGCAAAAGAAGGUACUGCCUGCCUGUGUUGCUCGGAGAAAUGUGGCAGUUCAAACGGAAAAUCGCUUAUACCCGAAAGGUGAUGGGAUUCACCACAAGGAACAGGAACUGAUGAAGGAAAACACUAGGGUACUCCAGUUGUAUAAUAAUCUGAAGAAAAGGUACAAUAAGGAAGUCAAAACAAACCAAAGAGAAAAUGAAACUAUUGCAACACUGUGUGCAAAAAUUAAUGGUCUGGAACAAGAACUUCAUUUAGCAAAUCAAAAAGUAAAGGUGUUGGAAAAUAAAAAGAUGCCACGAAAGGAGAAAACUGUUCCACUGCAGAGAAAAAUAUCACCUCACAAAUGCAUGUGCAAAAAGAAGGGGAGCUGCUCCUGCAAAUAUUUAGAUCAAUUGCUUUUUGAGAUUCAGCGUCUGAAGAUGGAAAAUGACACAAUAUCUGAAGAAAGGAGAAUGUUGAGAAAUGAGCUUGCGGCUUUAGACAAGGAUUUUUUUGAUGAAAUAGAAGAUUUAAAAUUUGCUCUUCAAGAAGCCAUAAAACUGAAUACUCAAUAUGAGAAAUGUUUGAAACAAGUAAGCGAAACCUACGGAAUCACUCUUACAUCAACUCCAACACCUGGUAAUCGCCGUAUGGGUUUAUAGAAAUGAAGAAUUCAACCAAGAUUGUGUACACCUAUAAAAUUAAUUAGCUUAUUUGAAUAAGCUUUUUUCAAUAAAAUCGUGACUUGGAGUAAA